AUGACCGACGUCGAUCUCGACCAGCUGCUUCGCGUGCCCGGUUUGAUCUUCAAAGCCGCCGGCCCUGUGCUUGGCACAAGCAAUAUCGCCGAGUCCGCCCUCCGUCUUCUCCAGCUCGAUUCUGGCCAUCGUCACCAGGGCGCCAGUCAGCUUUUGGUCGUAAAGCGCAUCACCUACUUCGCGCGUGGAGCUCUUGGCAUCAGCACGCACUACCUCGAUAUCGGUCCCAAGACAGUUGCCUAUCAGAGCAUGGUCACACGCAUCGUCACUCUCGACAAGAUUGCCCACCGCGAGCAUGUCGCCAAGGGCCUCACCAUGCGCCAAGCCGUCAUGCGCAUCGUCGACAACUACCGCAUCGCCCGCAAGCACUACGUUCUCCACGCCGACGUCGUCGACCCCCCUGUUCCUGUCGCUCGCGAGAAUGAGACAGAGGCUGCGCUCGCUACCCGCCAGCGAUUCGAUUUCGCGCUGCGAGAGAUGUGGGACGUCCUCGGCCAGCUUCAUGACUUGAUGACUGUGAGCGGCAAAGCGACUCUGGCUGCGAAGCAGGCUCUGGCUCAGGAGGUCAAGAAGGGAGAGCUCUUGCAGCUGAAGCUUCGUCUCCACGAGAAGGAUGCCGAAAUCUAG